AAUAAAUAUAAUUAUAAAGAUUUCUUUCGAGAUAUAAUGAACUCGUUCAUUUUUUUGCAAUUGCUAUGUAUACUUGAUUUUAAUAUUAAUUAUAUGUAAACCUUUAUUAUAUUUUUAGUAUCCCAUCUAUUAAUUUUACGUAAAAAAAUAAUUCGCACGGUUAGUUCGCAAAAAUAUGCAUUCUUCGUAAUUAACAAUUAUCAACAAAACAGAAAACGUAACCCAUAUUGUCCCAUACUCUACAUUCUACGUUCAUGAAAUGUUAAUACAACACUUUCCUACGUGUGAUUUUUCUUACUUAUCGUAUUAUACGAAUUAUAAGAAUUCAUUUUGAAAGCGAUAAUCUGUUGUAAGUGUCAAUCUACGCAUUUUUAUCCAUUAUUAUAGAAAGUUCGUGAGGUGCAAAAUAAAAAUGAAAGUAAAACGCAGUAAAUCUCUGUCUCCCGAACCAUCCAGCAGCAGGGAUACAAAACGUGUAAAAUUAGAAGAAACUGCAAAUUUAAAUAGAAUAACAGCUUCUGCAAACAUACUUGAAUUUUCAGAUGAUGUUUUACUCAAUAUACUGAAAUACUUACAUCCGCAAGAUCUUAUGGCUGUCAGUUUAUGCUGUCACAGAUUUGCACAAUUGACGCAAGAUAGAACCCUAUGGAGAAGAGUAGACUUUCGAACAAAACCAAUUCUUGUAGAUGAUUUAAACCAAUACAUGAAGUUCCUGCAACCAAUAACAAUGAGUUUGGCAAUGCGUGGCAAUUUUGUCACUGGCAAAUGUUCAGCUCUUACACAAAUAUUUUUUAAGAAUAUAAAGAUGCUAUGUAAUCAGCUUAAAGAAUUGAUUAUUGAAGAAUACUAUAUCAAUGGAGACAAGAUUCAAAUAACAGAUUUUCCAUGUACCAUUGAAAAACUUUCAUUAGAAGGUUGCCAAAUGGAGUAUCUACAAAAUAAUAAAUCUUAUUUUAAAAUGGAUUUAUACAUGCCUAAUUUGACAUGUUUGAUUUUGAGCAAUUGUCAAUGGUUUACACCACAUUCCUUAUUAGUUAUCAGUAAAAUACCCAAACUUAAGGAACUUAGAUUGAAUUCAUGCCAUCGUCUGGGUGAAUGUGUUGCAUAUGCUAGUCUAGCAACUAGAUUUGGAUUUAGAACAUUAGAGAUUUUAGAUUUACGAGACACGGCACUCGGAGAUAGCGAGGUCGGUUGUUUUAGUAGCACUAAAACUUUGACGCAUCUUUAUUUGGAAUGCCCUUCUACAUUAAGAAAUGAAGAAUCUUCUGAGAUUAUGCAGCAACAGCAGCAGCAACAACAGCAAGCUUUGCAAUUACCAAUAUUUGAAGAUAACCAUUUAGCACAGUUUUUAAUCGAGGAUGUAUUUGCUUUUGAGAAUAAUGGAUUUCAACGAUGUUUAAUAUCGGAUAGAGCAAUUUGUGCUCUUGGAAGUGAUUCUUGUGAUAGAAGGGUGAUAAAUAGCUCUCCACAAGGAAUGGUAAUAUUACAAGAAAAUAGACGAAUAUCGAACAAUCCAAAUCUUAAAAUAUUAGUUGUUAGAAAUUAUCCACGUGUAACAAAUUCAAGUCUUGUCCAUUUGGCUGUAAAUGCAUCGAAAUUGGAGUAUUUAGAUGUAACUGGUACUUCUGUAACAAGAGAUGGUAUCGAAUCUUUUAAAUCACAGAAAACUAAUGUGAAGGUCGUUUCAUCAUUCGAUGAGACAUAGUUAAUAUUAUAUGUAAUAUAUUAGGAUUUAAUGAGUAUUUAUUAAUACUUUUAUUUAUAAAUAAUUAAUUUUUAAGUAUUAACAUUUGUAUACACAUCUCUCUCAUGCUUCGAAAUUAAGGUUUAUAUAGUGUUCAAACUAUUUUAUAGGUGCAAUUAAUUUCCAUAAUAUUAAAUAAGUAUAAUUUAUUUAAACGAAAAUAAAGCAUAACAUUUGCAUUUUUAUAAG